UAUUUUAACGUAGUCUAAUGGCUUAUGAACAAAAUAGUGAAAUUUUUCGAAUUAAUAAAGAUCUUUGUAGUUUUUCACAAGAUGGUAAAUUUUUAGCUUUAGCCAAUCAAACUAAUUUAUCAAUAAAAAAUACAGGAACUUUUGACGAUUAUUUAACUUUCGUGUUUUCGGAUGUGAUUGAGGAUAUUAAAUGGUCACCAGACAGUGAAUUUCUAUUAUGCUGUAAUUUUAAAAAAGCUGUUAUUCAGAUUUUUUCCAUAUAUUACCCAGAAUGGAAAUUUAAAUUAACAGAAGGCAGUUCUGGUCUUCAUAGUGCUAUUUGGGCUCCAGACAGUAAACACAUAAUUACUGUUGCUGAUUUAAAAGUGGAAUUAUCAAUUUGGGAUUUAAUUGAUUAUAAUGUUGUGUAUAUUGAACAUUUAAAAUCAAGUGCUGUUAAAGGAAUAGAAUUUAGUCCAAAUGGAGCGAGCUUAGCUAUCAUUAUUAGUGAUAAUGGACAGGAUAGUGUUGAUGUAUAUAAAACAAAAGACUGGAAAUUAAGUAGAAAAUUAAUAUGUGACGGACUCACUUGCAUAGAUGGAUUAUGUUGGUCUCCGAGUAGUGAAAUUAUAAGUAUAUGGUGCGCAAUCGGAGGUGCGGCAAAAAUGAUCAUUUACUCUACUGUCACUGAAAGUUAUGAAGGAAUUUUUCAACCAGCUGAUAAUAAAAGUAUUGCAAUAUCUAAAAAUAUAUUGACUGAAGAAUUUGAUGAAAAAUUAAGAGGAUUGGAGAUCGUUAGAUGGAUGCAUAGUGGACAAUUAUUAGCUAUUUCGGGACAAAAUGAAAUGAUAGUUCUUUUAAAUUGUUUAACGUGGAGUCCUCUUUUACAAUUACGAUUGGAACCUGUAAUUAAAGCGGGUAAUUAUCUAACUAGAAUUUUCAAAGAAUCUAUAGUUAAAGUGUCAAAGGAUUCUAAUAAGUCAACUGAUAAAACAUCGAUAUGUUAUGAUAGACAUAUUUCAGAAGUAUGUGAACGUCCAGUUAAUAUCCCUAUUGUUAAAAGUGAGAUAUUGAUGGGCGGGGAUCCGACAACAUCGAUUAUACAUAUAAUAGAUAUUUUAGAAUUCAGUAGCUGUGGACAAUAUUUGGCUGUAAGGCAUCGAAUUUAUCCAGGAACUUUAUGGAUAUGGGACAUUAGAACAAAUAGCAUCGAUAUUUUAUUAUUGCAAAAUGUUAUUUCUGGAAUUAAAUGGCAUCCAGUUUAUCCCAGAUUAUUGAUAUUUAACGAAAGCACAUAUAUGUUUGAAUGGAAUCCAAACGAAGUACUAUGUUUUAAUAUACCUCGAGGGAUGACAGCGCUCGAUGCUCGGUGGCAUCCUUCAAAUUACACAGUUGUUAUCUGUGGCUAUAAUCGAGCCAUGGUUUAUCAUUUUAAUAACAAUAGAUAAUAAAUUUUAUUUUGCAUUUGAUGAGAGUACAAAUAUAUUUAAUUU